AUGGCCAGCGGUGCAAUUGAACCGUUUUUGAAGGGCAGCACCGCCGAAAACACCCGUGGGUUGCUGCGCGUCGUCAUCCUACUGCUCAUCGCCGCGGCCGCCGUUGCCAUCGAUCCAUGGUUUAAUUUCCGAGCUACAAAAUACCUCGUGGAGAAUGGUUUCUAUAAGUUCUGGGAUUGGUUUGAUGAUCGAACAUGGCAUCCCCUCGGACGUGUCACUGGUGGCACGCUUUACCCUGGACUGAUGGUCACCAGUGGUGUCAUCUAUAAGCUCCUCCGACUUCUCUCUCUCCCCGUCGACAUUCGAAACGUAUGCGUUCUUCUUGCUCCCGCUUUCUCUGGCUUGACAUCUUUGGCCAUGUAUCUCCUCACCACCGAAAUGGCUCCUUCGCCAUCCGCUGGUCUUCUAGCCGCCGCAUUCAUGGGGAUUGCCCCAGGUUACAUCUCACGAUCGGUAGCUGGUAGUUACGAUAACGAAGCAAUUGCCAUCUUCCUUAUGGUCUUUACCUUCUACGCUUGGAUCAAGGCUGUGAAGAAUGGCUCGAUUAUGUGGGGUGCCGUGACAGCUUUGUUUUACGGCUACAUGGUGUCAGCUUGGGGUGGUUAUACCACAUGGUAUGCUCUCGGUACUCUGGCCAGUAUGCAGAUUCCAUUUGUUGGCUUUCUCCCUAUUCGCAACAGUGACCACAUGGCAGCUCUGGGUAUAUUCGGUCUACUUCAAAUCGUUGCGUUUGUGGAAUUCCUCCGUGCCCAGGUUCCUGGCAAACAAUUCCAAACCGUUCUCACCAGUCUUGUUCUCUUCGUUUUCGUGGUGUCCUUUACCGGACUCAUUCUCCUUACCGUCUCAGGAGUUAUUGCUCCAUGGAGUGGUCGAUUUUACUCGCUCUGGGACACCGGAUAUGCGAAGAUCCAUAUACCCAUUAUUGCUUCCGUUUCGGAACAUCAGCCUACCGCCUGGCCUGCUUUCUACUUCGACCUGAACAUAAUGAUCUGGCUUUUCCCACCAGGUGUAUACAUGUGCUUCUACAAGCUAAGGGAUGAGCAUGUAUUCGUCGUUAUCUAUGCCGUUCUUGCGAGCUACUUCGCCGGAGUCAUGGUCCGAUUGAUGUUGACCCUUACUCCCGUGGUUUGCGUCGCCGCUGCAUUGGCCUUGUCCCAGAUCUUGGACAUUUAUCUACGCAUAGAGUCCCCUGACCCAGCCAUCCAAAACCAGCCCUCUGCGGAUAAGCCAGCCCAGGGUGGCCUACGCAUCGCCCGUAACAAGCUUGUGGGUAUUUAUUCCAACCUUUCCAAGGUAGUCGUGUCGGCAAGUGUUUUGGUUUACCUUUUGUUCUUUGUUGCCCAUUGUACUUGGGUCACCUCCAACGCCUAUUCAUCUCCCUCCGUCGUCCUGGCUAGCAAACUUCCCGAUGGUAGCCAAUUUAUCAUCGAUGAUUACCGUGAAGCGUACUACUGGCUGCGACAGAACACCCCCAAAAACACCAAGAUCAUGGCAUGGUGGGACUACGGCUACCAGAUUGGUGGUAUGGCUGACCGACCAACCUUGGUCGACAACAACACCUGGAAUAAUACACAUAUCGCCACUGUUGGUAAAGCAAUGAGCUCUAGGGAGGAAGUCAGCUAUCCUAUCCUGAGACAACAUGAUGUGGACUACGUUCUUGUUGUAUUUGGUGGUCUAUUAGGGUAUUCCGGAGACGACAUCAACAAAUUCCUGUGGAUGGUUCGUAUUGCUGAAGGCAUUUGGCCUGAUGAGGUCAAGGAACGGGAUUUCUUCACUGCCCGCGGCGAGUAUCGCGUGGACGACCAAGCAACCCCCACGAUGCGCAACAGUUUAAUGUACAAAAUGUCUUAUUAUAACUUCGAGAGCCUGUUCCCUCCAGGGCAAGCUCAGGACCGUGUCCGCGGCGUUCGUGUCCCAUCCCAGGGACCACAACUUAGUACGAUUGAGGAGGCAUUCACAAGUGAAAACUGGAUUAUAAGAAUCUACAAGGUGAAGGAUCUCGACAACCUAGGACGAGACCAUGGUAGUGCCGUUGCAUUUGAAAAGGGGCACAAGAAGAAGAACACUCCCAGCAAAAAGCGAGGAAGACCAGUGCUGCGAACAGAGUAA